CAUCGCCGGUACUCCCCCCACUGUCAGACACAUUGUGCUUGCUAGUGUCGCUAGCUGCUGGCAGUUUAUGCACGCAGUCUGACUUGUAAGUUGCCGGCAAGUUGCCCGCGAGAACCGAAGCCAACAUGAUCUGUUGAUCCCUCGACUAGCUCAGUUGCUGAAGCGAAGGGAUGUCCAGUACAGGGUUUAUGCCACACGCAGUCUCUGACAUGCAGGUUGCCGGCAAGCUCCGGAGGCAAGCUGCCAGUGCGGAAAACGGACCGCCAAUCUCUGUUGAUCCCUCGACUAGCUCAAUUGUGAAAGAGAAGGGAUGUCUCAGACAAUACUCAGCCUGUCUAUUUAUACUCGCCAACAUUCCCGUCUUUCUUGGUUGAGCUGCUCCGCACGCUGAGAGCCCAUCAAACUAGAACGUCACUUUAACAAUGGCAUUCCCUUGGAACGUUGUUCCCGUGAAGCCCCAAAGGGUAGCCUGGGCUUACUUCACGCUCCUGUUUGUGGGCUUCCUUGUCUACAGCAGCUUCCUUUCCUACAAGGCUUACGCUCUCAGCCAAACGCCGGUCGUGGCCAUUCGCUACGACCGCGUUUCCCCGCUGCAGCUUCCUUACGUCGCGAUGUGCUUCAAUGACCUGGACAACUCCCAGGUGGGAUUCACAGUCACCUCCCCAAACCCAAAGCCAAACGUGAAUCCUUCAAGUCCGGACCAGAAAUAUGAGGACAGCCCGGUGCGGUGCAUUGUUACUGGGGGGAGCCCGGUUGACCCGGCGCGCUUUGAGGCGCUCAACGGGACGCGGAAACUGCCGAGGCAAAGUCGCAUCAAGCAGCAGCUAGACACCAGCACCUCGUGUCAGCCGCCGGGGGGCAUUGGGCUCGAAAGGAGGAACCCAAUAAACAUCACCUAUGCGGAGAAACCCUCCUGCGAGAUUGAGACCUUUCAGUUCACAAACCGGGGGGGAUCGUGCGCGGACUGCUUUGGCUUCCCGCUCUCCGACUACCAGAUCGAGCCCAAUGGGAGCGCGUCUAUCUACCUCAAGCUCGUGGCGACCUGUGAGAAGGGCCCUAAUGACAGAGACCCGUGCAGCUUUCCGGUUGGGGUGUACCUCAUCGAGCCGGAAGACGUUCCGCUGGCGCGGAGCAACCGCUUCGAUGAGGUCAUCAGCCGGACGACCAGCAUUGCGGCCGCGCUGAAAACCAGCUACCGGGUCGUCCUCAAGAACCGGGUCACGUUCCAAUACACAGCGCUCGGCAGUAGGCGCAGCUCCCAGUUUCGGGAGCCCGCCGUUCGGGAGAUCGCGGUCGAAGACGACAACGCGACUGUGACGUACACGGACCCUAAGAUCCAAUACGUGGCCCUGGAGAUUCUCCCCGACGGCUAUGGGGUUGAGAUCAUAGAGCAAGUUAACCCCUGGCUGGCGCUUCCUUCCAGCAUUGGCGGCGCUUGGAAUCUAGUCACCCUCGCUUUUGGCCUCCUUUUCGUGUCCGCAAUUCCGCAGUCAGGGGCUCCCAGUCUCACCUGGGUCAACCGGGAGUGGUUCGCUCGGGAAGUGUGGGGCCCCGUAAAGGAAACGCUGCAACAAAGCACGACGAACCCAUCUUGUAAGAUGCGCCGCUGGAGAGAGCCUGAAGGAGGUUUGGUGUGUGAUUGA